AUGAGCCCAACCAAGCCAAAGGUCUACAUUGUCGGCGUCGGAAUGACCAAAUUCUGUAAACCAGGAUCCGUCGAUUGGGAUUAUCCAGACAUGGUCAAAGAGGCUGUGAAUAGUGCAUUAGACGAUUGUGGACUAAAAUAUGCCGAUAUUCAACAAGCCACAGUUGGUUAUCUUUUUGGAGGAACCUGUUGCGGACAACGUGCUCUUUAUGAAGUCGGACUCACUGGAAUCCCAAUUUUCAAUGUCAAUAAUGCUUGCGCUUCUGGAUCUUCCGGAUUGUUCCUCGGGAAACAAAUCAUUGAGAGUGGAAACGCCGAUGUUGUCCUAUGCUCUGGAUUUGAGAAGAUGGCUGCUGGAUCAUUGGAAAAGUUGGCGUCCCCAAUUGAUGAUCGAUCCAAACGCGAGCACUACGCCAAGAUCGCCUACAAAAAUCAUCUUCACUCCGUCCAUAACCCAAAAUCCCAAUUCACCAAAGAAUUCUCUCUUGACCAAGUGAUCAAUGCUCGUAAGAUCUACGACUUCAUGGGUCUUCUGGAGUGCAGUCCAACUUCCGACGGAGCAGCUGCUGCAAUCAUUGUCUCUGAUCGUUUCCUCGAGAAAAAUCCACGUCUGAAGUCUCAAGCUGUUGAGAUUGUCGGCUUGAAAUUGGGAACCGAUCUUCCAUCAGUGUUUGCAGAGAAAUCAAAUAUCAAAAUGAUUGGAUUCGAUAUGAUUGAAAAGAUUUCGAAGGAGUUGUAUGCAGAGACGAAACUCACUCCAAAUGAUGUUCAAGUCAUUGAGCUCCAUGACUGUUUUGCUCCAAAUGAGCUGAUCACUUACGAAGCAAUCGGGCUGUGUCCAUUGGGAAAAGGACAUACUAUUGUGGAUAGAAAUGAUAAUACUUAUGGAGGAAAAUGGGUCAUCAACCCAUCAGGAGGACUCAUUUCGAAGGGACAUCCAAUCGGAGCAACUGGAGUUGCUCAGGCUGUUGAGUUGUCUAACCAACUACGUGGAAGAUGUGGAAAGAGACAAGUUCCAAACUGCAAAGUCGCCAUGCAACAUAAUAUUGGAAUCGGUGGAGCUGGUGUCGUUGGAAUGUAUCGUAUGGGUUUCCCACAGAGUGCUCAAUCUAAAUUAUAG